AUGAGCUGCUUGGGGAUGGCCUUUGCAGUUGUGCUGUUCCUGACUGGCCUGGCUUCUUAUCAUGGAUUCAACUUGGAUGUGGAGGAGCCCCUGGUCUUCCGAGAGGACAUAGCCAGCUUUGGCCAGAGCGUGGUCCAGUUUGACAAAUCUAGACUCGUAGUGGGAGCCCCCUUGGAGGUGGUCACAGUCAACAAAACAGGACGUUUGUACGACUGCAUGCCUGCCACCCGUCGGUGUCAGCCCAUCUCGCUAAACACCCCGUCAGAGGCUGUGGACAUGUCCCUGGGCCUGUCCCUGGCGGCCUCCACCCAUCUCUCCCAGCUGUUGGCCUGCGGCCCGACCGUGCACAAAGCCUGUGGGGAUAACAUGUACAUAAAAGGCACUUGCCUCCUGCUGGGCUCCCACCUGCAGGUCAUCCGGACCAUCCCCACCGCCCUACCAGAGUGUCCAAAUCAAGAGAUGGACAUCGCCUUCUUGAUUGAUGGCUCCGGCAGCAUUGACCAAACCGACUUUAAACGGAUGAAGAACUUUGUCAGAGCUGUGAUGGACCUGUUCAAGCGCACCAACACGCAGUUCUCGCUGAUGCAAUAUUCAAACCUUAUGAAGACCCACUUCACCUUCAACCAAUUUCGGACCAUCCGGAGCUCUCGGAGCCUGGUGGAUCCCAUCGCCCAGCUGAAUGGUCUGACAUUCACAGCCACCGGUAUCCUGAGAGUGGUGAGAGAACUAUUUCACAGUAAGAAUGGGGCCCGUAAGAGUGCCAGGAAAAUCACCAUUGUCAUCACAGACGGGGAGAAAUUUAAAGACCCCCUGAAAUACACCGACGUCAUCCCCGAGGCAGAAAAAGCCAACAUCAUCCGUUACGCUAUUGGGGUGGGAGAUGCUUUCCAGGCACCCGCUGCCAGGCAGGAGUUGAACAUCAUUGGCUCCAUGCCUUCGGAGGACCACGUGUUCAAGGUGGACAACUUUGCAGCACUCAGCAGCAUCCUAAAGCGGCUUCAGGAGAAGAUCUUUGCAGUUGAGGGAACGCAGUCGGGGACAAGUAGCUCCUUCCAGCAUGAGAUGUCUCAAGAAGGCUUCAGUUCCAUCCUCACAAUGGAUGGACCAGUUCUGGGGGCUGUGGGGAGCUUCAGCUGGUCUGGAGGUGCUUUCCUGUACCCCCAAAAUAAGACCCCCACCUUCAUCAACAUGUCCCAGGAGCACGUGGACAUGAGGGACUCUUACCUGGGUUACUCCACAGAGCUGGCCCUUUGGAAGGGGGUCCAGAGCCUGAUCCUGGGGGCCCCCCGCCAUCAGCACACCGGGAAGGUGGUCCUCUUCACCCAGGUGUCCGGGCAAUGGAGGCCGAAGGCUGAAGUCACAGGGACCCAGAUCGGCUCCUACUUCGGGGCCUCCCUCUGCUCCGUGGAUGUGAAUGGAGAUAGUAGCUCUGACCUGGUCCUCAUCGGGGCCCCUCAUUUCUACGAGCAGACCCAGGGGGGCCAGGUGUCUGUGUGCCCCUUUCCCCGGGGGAGGACUAAGUGGAAGUGUGAUGCUGUCCUGAGAGGGGAGCCGGGCCACCCCUGGGGCCGCUUUGGGGCAGCCCUGACCACGCUGGGGGAUGUGAAUGGGGACAGGCUGGCGGAUGUGGCCAUUGGGGCCCCGGGAGAGCAGGAGAACCGGGGUGCUGUCUACCUGUUCCACGGAACCUCAGAACUGGGCAUCAGCCCCUCCCACAGCCAGCGGAUCGCAGGCUCCCAGCUCUCCCUGGGGCUCCAGUAUUUCGGGCAUUCGCUGAGUGGGGGUCAGGACCUCACGCAGGAUGGACUGGUGGAUCUUGCUGCGGGGGCCCGGGGGCACGCACUACUGCUCAGGAGCCUGCCAGUGCUGAAGGUGAACGUGACUAUGAAAUUCACACCCCCGGAGGUGACAAAGGCUGUGUAUCAGUGCUGGGAUGAGCUGACCACCACCGUGGAAGCUGGGCAAGCCACAGUCUGUCUCACCAUCCACAAAAGCUCACAGGAUCACCUAGGUGACGUCCAAAGCUCUGUCACAUAUGAUCUGGCUUUGGAUCCAGGUCGGCUGAUUUCUCGUGCUGUUUUUGAUGAGACCAAGAACUGGACUUUGACUCGAAGAAAAACCCUGGGGCUGGGAGAGCACUGUGACUCCAUGAAGCUGCUUUUACCAGACUGUGUGGAGGACAUAGUGAACCCCAUUAUCCUGCGACUCAACUUCUCCCUGGUUGGGGAACCCAUCGCCUCAUCUCAGAACCUCCGCCCCGUGCUGGCUGUGGGCUCCCAGGACCUCUUCACAGCCUCCCUCCCCUUUGAGAAGAACUGUGGGCACGAUCACCUUUGUGAAGGGGACCUCAGUGUCAGCCUGAGCUUCUCAGGGCUGGAGACCCUGGUGGUGGGGAGCUCCCUGGAGCUCAAUGUGACAGUGAUGGUGUCCAAUGAGGGAGAGGAUUCCUAUGGAACGGUGAUCAGCUUCUACUACCCAGCAGGGCUGUCCUAUCGACGCACGUUAGCAAUCCAGCAACCUGGUCAGCGUCCCCUGCGCCUGGCAUGUGAGGCAGUGCCCACCGGAAACGAGGCCCUGAGGAGCAGCAGCUGUAGCAUCAACCACCCCAUCUUCCGUGAGGGCAUUAUGGGCACCUUCAUAGUCACAUUUGAUGUCUCCUACAAGGCCACCCUAGGAGAUAAGUUUCAUCUCAGAGCCAACAUAAGCAGCGAAAAUAAUAAACCUACAUCCAACAAGACUACCUCCCAGCUGGAGCUCCCAGUGAAAUAUGCUGUCUACACAGUGAUCAGCAGGCAAGAAGAAUCCACCAAGUACUUCAAUUUUUCAGCUUCGGACCAGAAGAGCAGAAAAGAAGCUGAGCAUCGAUACCGCGUGAAUAACCUGAGUCAGCGUGAACUGGCCAUCAGCGUUCAUUUCUGGGUCCCCGUCCUGCUGAACGGUGUGGUCGUGUGGGAUGUGGUGUUGGUGGCCCCUUCACAGAGUCUCCCCUGUGUGUCAGAGAGGGAACCUCCCCAGCAGCCGGACUUCCAGACCCAGAUGCCAAGCAGUCUCGUGCUGGACUGCUCCAUCGCUGACUGCCUGAGGUUCCGCUGUGACAUCCCUUCCUUUGGCGUCCAGGAGGAACUUGACUUCAUCCUGAAGGGCAACCUCAGCUUUGGCUGGGCCAGCCAGUUGCUGCAGAAGAAGACGUUGGUCGUGAGUAUGGCUGAAGUCACAUUCAACAGAUCUGUGUACACCCAGAUUUCAGGACAGGAGGCAUUUUUGAGAGCCCAGGUAGAGAUGGUGCUAGAAGAGUAUGAGGUCUACAGCCCCAUGCCCCUCCUUGUGAGCAGCUCCAUGGGAGGACUGCUGCUCCUGGCCCUCAUCACAGCCUUACUGUACAAGUGUGGCUUCUUCAAACGUCAGUACAAAGAAAUGAUGGAUAACAAGCCUGAAGACACUGCUGCAUUCAAUGGGGAAGAUAUCCACAGUGAGGCUCCAGAUCCACUUCUGUCCGAAUAAUCCACUUUCCCAUUUAUUUCUAUUCCCAUUGGCUGACCUUGGCUUCACCUACCAAUCUGCGGGGACAGGCCCAAAUAG